AUGUAGUGAGUCAUUAUAUUAUUUGGUUUUGGAUUUAGUAACAUAAGUUAUAGUAUUGUGUGUAUUUUUACGGUUAGAUUUUGGAAGCUAAACAUUUUUUUUUGAAAAAUUAAAAUUUGACCUCUGUGUGUUUAGUUUCGUGUAUAUUAAACAGUUUCAAAGUUUAUUUUAAGUUUAAUGAAGUGUUUUUUUCUAUUUAGUUAAUCAUUUAAGUUUAGGUAUAAAUUUAGAGUUUAGAUUCUGUGCGAGUAGUAUAUUUAGAGGUAGAAGACUUCCAAGAAGGCAUCUAAUUGAAGACUUCCCUGAACGUCUUCUGAAUCGAAAAUAUUUAACCUAAAUUGACAUUUUUAUCUCCAUAUAUAUAAAAAAAUGUAAUGAUUCUCACUAUAACUCUUCAACCUCUCUUUAAUCCAUUUGAACUUGAAAACAUCAAAUUUUAUAUGAAUUUUUCAUUUUUUUGUCUCAUCUCACAAAUUUAUCUUGUUUUUGUAGAUUUUUUUUAUCACAUGGCUCUUAUCUUCUACUCAUUUAAAAGUAAAUCUAUAAAUUUUUGAUAUCUAUUUUGUUUUGUUCUAUAAAGGUAGAUAUAUCUAAUCUUCCACUCAUUUUCUCAUUUUGAAGUCAUUUAAACGUUUUUUGAUAUGCAUGUUUUUCAGAUUUGGGUCUGGAUAUGCAGAUUUUUCAGAAAAGAUUAAUAAGCAUGAGUUGACAGAAGGUUAGGACAAGGCCGGCUUAGAUAGGGAGCGAGCGGUGCAACAGUCCUGGACCCAAUCCGUUGUCCUCUUAUUUCUUAAUAGAUAAGGGCCCGAUUUAAAAAAAAAUACUUGUAUUUUAAUAUUAAAAAUAAGAAAAAGGGCCAAAAUAUUUUUUAUAUGAAAGUAUUUUUUAUCUCCAUAGAUUUAUUUUAAAAAAUACUUCUGGUAUUUUGAAAAAAACAUAUAUCUAUUAGAUUUUUUAAAGAAAAAUAAUAGUUUGGAAAUUAAAUUUUUUUUUUUUGCCCAAGGGCUCAUGGCACCAUUGAACCGGCCCUGGAUUAGGAUUAAUUUGGGAACAUUUUAAAAAAUUAGGAUUUAUUUGGCGUACUUAAAAGUUCAAGUUUUUCUUAUAACCAGGAGAUGUCUGGACUUUCGGGCCCAAAUAAUCCUCCCUCCCAGACCCGAGAUCCGGCUGACACACUAAUACUAUAUAUGGUGUAACACAUCCAUCCAGCGAUGGAUCAAACCCAGAAACGAAACAACACUAACAUCUACGCUUAAACUAACUGAACUGUAACAUAUGUGACAAGUUGGAACUUUUUUUUACUUAUUUUUGAAAGUUCUGGAUUUAAAUGGCGUUUUCUCGUGUUUCAAAAAAAAAAUGUUUUAAAAAAAUGGCGUUUUCUCAAUAGAUAUAUGCCGCUGUUGUUUUCCCUGAAAUAAGAACAAACAACCCUUCACUAAAGGCUAGGGACGUCAAAAUGAAAAUUUGAAAACGACAAAUCCUUUCAAAAUCUUUAUAUGAAAUCGUACGGGGAACCAACUCAGGUCACAUUGAAGCCACUUUCCUUUUUCUUUUGACAAAACCCUAAAAAGGGGUUAAUGUUUAUGUUAUAUACACUACAGAUUAUUUUGGAACAAAACUUUCACCCCAAAUAAAAGAGUUUAUUUAUCAUUUUCAUGGCAAGUAUUUAGGAAAAAAACUAAAGGACCUCUGGAUAAAAAAUAUAAUGAAAAGCAGAACUUAUUCGAGAUCCCUAAAGCAAAAUAGUGUACAUUCAAGAACAUCUUUAACUCCUGACUCUAAAAGCCCAGUCUUUAUUAUCGAAAUGGAACCAAGAUUACAUACAAAGGGACCAACUUGCAUUUCAGAGUUUUCUUUGUUAUAUUUCUGGACCAGUUGAUAUUAAUGCCAUUGGCCUAUUGCCGAGAUUACAUACAAAGGGACCAACUUGCAUACGUAUACAUAGUAAAAGUAAUUCUAAGAUGAUACUAAAAGUAGCUGCAUUUCAAGUUAAUUCGUAUAGGAUCUGGAAUUGAAAACCCUAAAAACUAAACCCUAGGCUGAAAUUUUUUACCUGUAUAAAUUGAAUGAGGAAGAAAUGAUAUUUCUAAAUCAUACCAAAAAUCAUCUUUUGCAAGCAAAUCUACAAUUAACAAACACAAAACCAUGUCUUCGUCACUCUAUAGCUAACUAGUUUCUUGUUACACAUCUCUCAUGUAUCUACCAUUAAUAUCUAUAAAGCAGUUUUUGUCUUGGAGUCAGAAAUCAGAGUUGGACGCUUACUCCCUCUCACUUGUUUCUGGGUUUCAUCUUUUCUCUUUCCUCUUUUUAGCUGCUUCUCUCUUUUGAUGAUGUGAAAGUUGUGGUAUUAUUUCUAAAAGAAAACGCAAAUUCUUGAUUUUUGAUUUCUGAAGCUCGGUGAUGUCUUCUUCCAACAAUGAUUACAAUAAUGGUAACAGUGGAGUGUACCCUCUCUCACUUUACCUUUCUUCGCUGCCGGGCCAUCAAGGCAUCAUCCGUAAUCCCUACAAUCAUCAGUCAACAGCAUCUCCGGGUCAAAUGGUAUCAGCCGUGCCUGAGUCUCUGAUAGAUUACAUGUCGUUUAACUCAAACAGUGCUGUGAAUCAGAAAGGUUAUGAGAUUCCUGAGGUGUCGAGAGAAAUCAAGAAGGCGGUGAAGAAAGAUAGACACAGCAAGAUUCACACGGCACAAGGUCUUAGAGACAGGAGGGUAAGGCUUUCUAUUGGAGUUGCUCGACAAUUCUUCGAUCUCCAGGAUAUGUUGGGGUUUGAUAAAGCCAGUGAAACAUUGGACUGGCUUCUCAAGAAAUCAAGAAGAGGCAUCAAUGAGCUUGUCCAAGAAAAAAAGCUCAACAACAAGGAUGGAGAUUAUGGAAACAAUAGGGGUGGUGUAGAAGAGGAUGAAGAAGAUGGCGAUAAGAGCUUUGUGUAUGGUUGGAGUCCAGAUUCCUGCGAAGAAGUGGUAUAUGAGGUCAAGAAGACAGAGAAGAGCAACAUAUCUUCAAAGGGAUUAAUGGACAAAGCUAGAGGAAAGUCAAAGCAGAUAACAAGAGAGAUGGUCUAUGAUCAUCCAGAAGCCGUCUCCGAGAUCACACAAACUGAAAUCAUGGACCCAUUCAAGAGGUCUAUAAUCUUCAAUGAAGGGGAUGACAUGACACACUCUUUCUACAAGGAAGCAAUCCAAGAGUUUGAUAAUCAAGAAUGUAUCUUAACCAAGACAAAUGUCAAUCUUCCGACGGAUAUGGAUCAAAGUUACAAUCAGCAUUAUGGGACGUUUAUGUUAAAAGAUAAGGGUUCUAGCAGCAACUACAAUACCAUUCUGCCUCAAAACUUGGAUUAUGGUUAUGAUCAAAACCCUUUUAUGGAUCAACUCUUUUGUGCAGUCACCAACAGGAAUUUCCCCAGGGGGUUUCCUUAAAGGUUGAUAUUCUCCGGGCAGUAGGCAUCAAAUUUAAACAUGUAAGGAAAAUAAUCCUUUAUAUCUUUUCAAUGUAUAUUAAAUCGUUGGUUAUUUGUGUUCCUCUAGAUAUAUAUAUGCUUGUUAUCUGAUCUUAUGUGUCAUUGAUCAAGAUAGCUUUUUAUGAUUCAGUGUCUACCUUCAAAUUGUUUAGCUAUUUCAAGUGGUAUAUUGUAACCUUUAAAGUAUAAUGAAGAUGAAUCU